AUGUCUUGCUUAACACAUGAUAAACGAUUUUGUUCGAUAUUUCACAAUAUUAUUAAUGAACUUCGAAAGGAAAAUCGUACUCCUUUAUCAAUUUUACGUACAAUGCCUCGUAAAUGCUGUACAUGUAAUGAUGAAAUAAUAAAACAUGCAAUAGUAAAAGACAAAAAUAAAUUAGAUAUAUUAAAAAAUCUUAUUGAACGCAUAAAUCGAGAAAAACAACCGAAUCCAAAAUUGAUUUUAUCAUUAGUUCGAUUUCAAACUCUUAUCCAAGAAAAUCGCACGCCUCUUGCAGUACUACCAGUUGAAGAAGAGACAACAAUUGAUGAAUCACAUCCUAAUAGUACUUCUUCAUCGUUUAAAACACAAAUAAAGCCUAUUAAAAUACACUGGGAUUUAUCAUCAAGUUCUAAGGAUACGACUCCAAUGGAAACAUCAAAAUCAGCAGUCAUACGUAAACAAGAUAAAAAAUGUUCAAAACGACCAAAAUCAAUUAAAUGUGGAACAUUUCUUUUUCUACCAUAUACUUUCGAAGGUAAAACUGCAAGAAAAAAGUCAGAUUCUUUAGUAGACGUUGCCAAAAUUUUGCAACGUAAUCGAUUUAUUGGCCCAGAUGGUCAUGUUGCUAUAUUAGAAAAACAAUAUGAUGUUCGUAUUAAUAUGAUAACACCAAAAACAAGUGAACAAAUUACUGAUGCACUUGAAAAUGCGAAGAAAGGUUUAGAAAAUUUAACAAUUCAUAAUCAAAAUAAAUCCAUUGAAAUGUCGAAAGAAAAAGAAGGAGAAUGGAUUUUAGUUCGACCAAAGAAACCAAAAGAUCAAAUAAAUACGGCAGAUUUUGAAAAAGUAUUAGAUGAUCUUACAGAUCGAUGGGAAAGAUCUUUAAAAGUUGAAAAACGCAAAUGUGAUAAAACAGAUAAUUCACACAAUAAAAUUAGUAGAGAGAAAUACCAUUCGGAAUAG